UCGCAUGGCUCCGGCUGCUGCUGCUGCUGCUCCCGGGAAGCGCCUGGGCUGGAUCCAGCGGAGAUGUGGACUCCGGGCCGAAGCGUGCAGAACACAGGUGACCAUGCAGAGCUCAUCAGCACAGCUAACCAUGCAGUCCGAGAAUCGAAAAAGAGCACCAGCGUGGACCGUACGGGAGGUACUGGAUCUGAUCGCUAUAUGGGGAGAGGAUUCAGUGCUAGCAGAACUACGUUCCAAAAGACAAAAUGCCAAAACAUUUGAAAAAAAUCUCCAAGGGCAUGAUGGAGAGAGGCCACAAUAGGGACUCACUACAGUGCUGCGUGAAAGUUAAGGAGCUCAGACAAGCCUAUCAAAAAACAAAGGAGGCAAACGGUUGCUCCGGGUCAGAGCCGCAGACAUGCCGCUUCUAUGUUGAACUGCAUGCAAUUCUAGUGGGGGCUGCCACCACUACCCCACCUCUGACUGUGGAUUCCGAGGCGGGGGUAAUCUCAGCCAUGCCUGAGGAUUCUGCGAAUGGGGAAGAGGAGGAGGUGGAGGAGGAUGACGAGCUUGCGGAGAGCACACAGCACUCCGUUCUCCCCAACAGCCAGGAUCUUUUUCUCAGCCUGACUGAAGCACCCUCCCAACCCCCAGACAAUGAGGCCAUGGAAGGGACCUCCGCUGCAAAUUUUUCAAGCCUCCCUCCUCCGUCCCAAAGGCUAUCUCAGAUAAGGCGUCAAAAAAAGAGGACGCGAGAUGAAAUGUUCUCGGAAAUCAUGGAAUCCACCCGCAAUGAAAGAGCUCAUCUGAAUGAGUGGAAGGACACGGUAUCAAAGUACAGGAAAGAUGCCAGUGAAUGUGAGGCCAUGAGGGAUGCUCGAGAUGAGAAGUGGCAGGCUGCAACGCUGGGGCUGCUGCGGGAUCAAACGGACAUGCUCCGGCUGUACGGGGAGACUUUGGCAAACCAGUAAAGUGCCUAAAACCACUUUGGGUUAUUGUUAAAAAGCAACCUAGUCAGCAAGCUGUAAAUUGGCCAGUCAGCAAACUCAGCUUGACCAAGGCAGGAGGGAAGGGGGUUUUGGGGUGCCAUGGAAGGGGCAGCUUGACCCCGCAUCCUUCCUGAUAAGAAUUGUGUUGAAGUUGCUGAUACAUGCAUUUUAAAAGAGCAGGAAUAUCUAUUGGGGUCUCAGAGCUGCAGACUCUGGAAAACCCACACCUGGUUCAUCAAUAAUCAGAAGGAGUCUCUUGCUUGAAACUGCUUACUGGACAAGUUUUCUUUAAGGGACAUGUCACUGUAUUAAGGGGAAAAAGCUUGAGAUAGGUAGGACUCCUUUGGAGGUGGGACUCUUUGGGACUGGCCUGUCCCUCUGGCUGCAUCUUGUGUUCUCCACCGGCAGAUGGGCUGCGACUGUGCCUCUUGAAAUCCACACUCAGCUUUGGUAAUUAUCAAGGGUUGGGGGUGUUUUACUAAUCUUGUUGCGGACGUGUGUAAGUG